UAUUUGACAAUAACUUUAUUUUAUAGUGGUAGCAUUCAAUUAAAUUAGGCCACAAGUUUCUUAACUCUUUUGUUACGUUAUGGUGUGUUAAUGUAUUUGCUCCGUGUUUAUAGUGCAACGUUGAGAUUAGUUCGAAGCAUGAGUUCACUAAAAAGCGAAGCGCUGGUGCCAGUUGGUGUUCGUGGAAUGACAGUUCUGGAUCGCGAUAAAUUCAGCCUUGACGUAACGAUCCCCGUGCUGAAGGUUGGAGAAGACUUAGUAGCCAAGACGGUGCAGUAUCCACACACUGCGAUGCCGCAGCCAAGUGAGGACGUCAGCACAAUGGAUACCUGUGAGGCUGAUUACAAUCAGGUCUUACAAGAGUCUCAAAAUGUCCUUCGUCAGUGUUUCAAAGAGUAUGCGCUAGACGAGACAUUUCUUACGUUCAACGGCGGCAAAGACUGCACGGUUCUUCUGGACAUCGUCAUAGAGCUGCUCAAGGACAUCCACCAGACAGACUCGGCAGAACUGAUCAAAGUUAUGUACAUUAGAACUGGCAGCCCGUUUAGGGAAUUAGAGGAAUUCGUUCAACAAAUUGAGCAACACUUUGGCAUAAAACUCGUAGUAACUGAAGGGGAUAUGAAGGAAAGUCUAGCCAGGAUAUUAGAAGAGGACAAAAGAUUGAAAGUGUGCCUUAUGGGAACGAGACGCACGGAUCCGUACAGCCAGGAUAUGAACUUUAUGCAGGAGACAGAUGCAAAUUGGCCUAAAUUGAUGAGAGUUUCGCCCCUUCUUAACUGGAAUUAUCAUCAGAUAUGGAGUUACAUAAGAGAAAGAAACGUACCAUACUGCAGCCUAUAUGACCAAGGAUACACGUCAAUAGGUAGCACGCUGAACACUUGGCCGAAUCCAUCCUUAGCAUACAAGGACAGCUCAGGAAGAAUAUCUUAUUUGCCGGCGUGGAAACUCGAGGAUGGAUCGCUAGAACGACAGGGCCGAGGAACCAAACCUACUCUGAACCUUAAAUCAUUAGCAAACGGUCACGAAUCGAAUGUACAAAUUGAAGAUGGCAACACCAAUGGUACUAAAUAAAUUUGGAUUGUAGCAUCGAUUGGUUCAAAUAAGAGGCUGUUAUAUCUGUAGAAUAUUUUAUAGAGAUUGUGAUCCCAGUGAAAUAUAAUAUUUAUCUAUGUGAUAUGAUUUUAAGAGACUCAAUACAGUCUCGAAGCAGCUAUGAAGGAUGAUAUUUAGCGUUAGUUAAAAAUUCAAAUGUAGGUACUUAAAAUAGAGAACCGAUAUACUUAAUUUGUGAUUAAUUUGAAUAUAAUGUAAUGCAGAUGAUUAUGACGACAUUGCUCUCGCCCUCUGUGAAUUUAAUCUAGGUACAAAUUAAUUUAAUUAUGUUUUAGAUAUUUAUUUAUUUGCCACUUUAAACUUCUAGCCGAAUUUUAUUUUUAGGUUGUGGAGGCACGUUUUAUCGAAUAAAACAUUUAUUUAUCUAUAA